CUGUAGCAUGCGAUCUGCGUGCGACGCGAAGUUAUUUCGAAACAGAAAAAAUUAUUUUCGAUUUAAUUCCCAUGCCACUGAUGUUACUUGAUUAUUAAGAAUUGAUUUAAUGCGUCAUCGCGGAAAUUUGAGUGAGCACCUAAUAAUUAGUGAUGAGUACUAUGCAUUAUUGAAAUGUCGCCAAGGCUGUCCUCUUAAAGUGCUAUUUGAACAUGGCUGAAUCAGUUUUGAGCGUGAGUUGGAAUGACCAUGCUAAUGAACUUGCUACAGUGUGGAAAACUUUACUGGAGAACAAUUCUUUUGUGGAUUGCACGAUAGCUGCUGAAGGACAGAGUGUAAAAGCUCAUAGACUGAUUUUGUCUGCAUGUAGUCCGUACUUUCGUAAGCUGUUUAGUGAGGAAGUAGAGAAAUAUCCAAUAAUUAUUCUCAAAGAUACAUUAUUUGAUACACUUAAGACAGUGAUUGAUUUUGUGUAUUAUGGGAAAGCAGAAAUUCCAGAAAACCAGUUGGAAGCAUUUUUAGAACUUGCAGUGUCCCUGCAGAUUAAAGGCCUGAAUAAUUCUCUACGAAAAGACAAGAAAACUGAUAUUGGUGGCCAUGCUAAUGGAAAUACCCAUCAGUGUGCAUCCGAUGUUAAUGAAGACGACUGUGAUGUUGAAGGCACAUGCACAAAUCAAGAAGACAGCUCCUCAAAUUCUUCUCAGUCACAUCUUUACCCCCUUUCACAUGUCUCUGCUGAUACUACACAGAUGGACUCGUGUGUUCCGCAGGGAAGAGACAGUGACUCUUGUGACAAGGUACAAUCAGAUACCGCGGUGAUGCCUCUGCAGGAUCAUAACAGUCAUCUUGUACCUAAUGAACCUGAUGUGGCUCUAAACUCAGAAAUAAGUGUGAAACGUGAACCAUUAUAUUCAAAAAUGGAUGUUUUUGGCACAAAAAACAAGAUAUUAGGUCAUCAGAAUAGUCCUGUGAAUAAUGAUCCUGAGGUGUUUAUAAACACAGAAAAAAGUGUGAAAUGUGAACCAUUAUAUUCUGAGAUUGCAUUUUUGGAUGCAAAAAAAGACGAUGUUACACUGGAUGAAUCCAUCUCUGAAAAUUUUGGAAGAGAAACAAACAAAGAACCUGAUCCAUCAUUUGCACCGGCGGUUGACCAAUAUUCAUGUAGUGGACAGUCUGGUCAUGUGAAAGAGAAUUUGGCAUUGGCGAUACCACUUCAGCAACAGCAGCCACUCAAUUACCAACUACAGCAACAGAUCCAACACCAACAGCAGAUGCAGCAGCAAUACCAAUACCAACAGCAACAGGUUGCACGUAUUUCCUGUGAGUUGCCAUCAUCACCAUCCAAGCAGCUUGACUCAUUGCAACCGGAACGUUUAGUAACAAAGAGUGAAAGAACAUAUGAUCAAGAGAGCGAGGAAUCCAUGGGCACUCUUGAUGUUCCUGGGAAUGAUAUGGAUGAAAUAGAUAAAAGAACAGAAUCUACAAUCGAACAAAAUCUCAACCCAUGUCGCAGCGCAGAGUAUAUCCUACCUGAUGAAGACGAGGCGACGGAGCGAGGAAGGGGACAAAGGCUGCUGCUACCGCACGAGAGCAACAACUCCUUCCCCACGCGUCCGAAGCUGCCCGAGCCCAACGCGUUCCCCGCCCCUUCGGAGCAGCAGUACAAGAGGAAAUGGGGUUAA